UGUAAUAUAACUAACUAUAUAUCAGGCACCCAAAGAAGGGUCCAUAGCCAAAACUUUGUGGUUUCUUCUCUUUUCAGCAUGGAAUAAACCUAUUACUUGUUCCUUUACAGCCUACGCAUGCUGACACAGCUCCCCACCUGAACUAUAUGUCUAGUUCACUAAUAUAGUAUGACGAGCAAGGCUGGCAAGUUGGCCUACAGAUUUUUUGCAGCCUUUCUAGUGUUGUCAUAUUCUCGCUUGCUGGAUGUGUUCCCAGUGCUAUUAGCCAUUUGUUAGGCCAAGAGCAUCAUCAGGCGGCGUCACUGUGAGAUCACGGACGCUCCCAACAAAUGUGUAUCGACUGAAUUGCCCCUCCACUGAAAAUAAUGGGAGACAGUGAACGGGCAUUACUGACAAUUAAAGGAGUUUCCCAGGGAGCCGCAAUCCACAGCAGCUACAUGCAGGUUGAACUUGCUCCAUCCCCCCGCCCCAAGUCAACACCCCCAGCAUGCACACAUAGAUUAGAGACACAGCCUUGCAGAGGGAAGGGACUGGGGGCGGGGGGGAGCCAUCCCCAGACUCACUGGAGCCAGGAAUUAAUGGGUUCAUUCCCAGUCGAAUGAGACGUCUUAAUUACCACACUUGUGAAAACUCAGAGGGGCGGGGCAGGAGGGGAGGAGGCCUGCUUUGAUCUUCUCCUAAACGAAUUGCAAAUGAAGUGGCCGAAUCCUUCAUAAAUACAGCAGCCCGCAGCCAGGGAGGCCAGCAAAGGCUAAGGGAGAGAACCGCUGGAACUGGAGGAGCGCACUCGGCCAUCUCUGCCUACAUCACCAGGGGACUCCUGCGGAAACCGGACAGCUGGGCUCUCCGGGGGCUGAACAACUACUUUGCCAGUUGAAAAGACUUGGGAUUUACUGCAGGCUGAAAAACAGGAUUUACUUAAAAUACUUUCUUCUUUCUUUCGCCUUCUUCCUUGAUGAAGGUGAGGGUUUAUGAGAUUUAGCUGCCGCAUUCUCCUGCAAGGAAUACAUUUGCACACAGGCUCUACUCUUACGAACUCUAUAGACGGCGACACCAUGAAGGGACACUUCUCCGUAGAGUGGCUCUCCCAGAGUAGCCAGAAGACCAGGCCAGCAGCCCGCUGUGACGUGGUCACAGAGGAGCCCUGUAUGUCCAGCACUCCCCCGGAGAGCUUGCCAGGGUUCUACAACAGCCAAGAGGGGCGUCCCAUCUACCAGGAGCUGCUGAGAGGCAGGCCGUGGACUGGCCAGGACACCCCCUCUCUCUCCCAGCGCCCAGCCCCAAACCCGGGCACCAAAACUGACCCGCAGGCAGGCUCCCAUGCGCUUGAGCCAGAGAUCGCCAGCGGCACAGAGGAAGAGGAAACGUCAGGGUAUGAGAGUGAGGGGGGUCAGUCAGCCUCCCCCGCUGACCCACCAGGCGGCUCCUCCUCCUCACCACCGACCCCUCCAGGGCGCCGGCCGCGCACAGCCUUCACCUCCGAGCAGAUCAGCCGGCUGGAGAGGACCUUCAAGAAGCACGCCUACCUGGGCACACGCGAGAAGGAGGAGCUCUGCAGGAAGCUCAACCUCUCCGAGAAGCAGAUUAAAAACUGGUUCCAGAACCGCCGGAUGAAGCUGAAGCGCACCCUGCAGGACGCCCUGGCCCAGGCCUGCCACGUCAAGGUGGCCUCCCAGCUGCUGCACUACCCUGAGCUCCAGGCUUUCGGGCCUAGUGCCUACUCUGGCUACUACCCAAAUCAGGACAGCACAGCGGCCUACCUGCCCCUCCCGGGACUGCCUUAUGCCCCAUCCCAAGCGCUGGGACACCUGUCUGCGCUGCCGCUGGAGGCACAAGUCCACCCGUACAGCGUGCCACCCUUCGUCAUGCCACCCCACAGUGCAGGCACUGGCAGCCCCCCCGUCAUGGCACGGUACCACCCCUAUGCACCCCGUUAUUAAAGGGGCUGCCGCGGACUCUCCCACAGUAAUUGGAAAUGUAUCCCUGCGGCUCUGUGGGGCCCACAUUCCGGUACGAGCAAGGACACUAGUUUGGCUCUUGGGAGAAACUUUCCCAGAACAGUCCCCCAGUGGGGUCUGCAUUGCAUCAGUCCCACACUGCAUUCUAGAGCCUGGGGGUGAGGAGGCUGGAUCUGUUCUCUCUCUCCUGGUGUAGGAGACAAAAAGGACACUCCUGCUGGACCUGGACAACAACUCACUGUGUCAGCCAGGAAGAAUCUGUGCAUCCCCGCCACUGGCUGGAUCAAGGAAUCCUCUGUUUCUGCCUUUAGGGAUUACCUGUGUUCUCCCUCCCAAAGUAGUAAGCUGUAUUAGCAACAGUCCUGUUGCAACAGGUUGUAGAAGCAGAAAACUGCGCUCUCUGGAGGCUUUAAGCCCAUUGUUGGUGCUCAAAUCUGUAACGUGACAGCAGAGAACAUGUUACCUGGGAAUGUUAUGAACUCUUGAUCUCUGAGAAUUAGAAGACACAUUCUGUAAUUGUACUGGGGUUUACAAAAGCCAGGGCAUAGUGCAAUAAUUAUUUUCCUGUCUUUGUUUGUGUUGUCCUGUGAUGUAAUAUUUAAAUCACGAAAUGUACAUACUAUAUUAUU